AUGGGCUUCCUUCUGAUCGCGCUUGCAGCCGGGCUCCGGUCAAAGAGCGACCCGUCCUGGCCCUGGGAGGAGCACCGCCCGAGCUCUGCCGAAGAGCUUCAGGAACUCCUGAGCACAGUGCUGGCGCAGAGCAGCGCAGCUGAGGUCACAGUGGAAGAGCCCGGAGAUGCAGAGGCACGGGAGCGGACGCUUCGAGAGCGGAUCGCCACCAUCACGAAGGACUGGCAGAGCGCCAGCGCACCUGCUUGCCAUCAGCAGCUCGGGCGGUUGAUGAACAGCCUCACGCUUAAAUGUGACGGCUUACAGCCGAAAGCCGACUGGCUUCUUGACUACUACGUGCCUACCCUUCCGAACAAAACGUGCACCGACAGUGUCAGCGACAUCUUCGCGUUGGGAGACGAAUUGGUGGAAACCCUCCGCGUCGCCAGAGAUGCCGUUGCUUCCGUGGAUGUGGCCGGCGAAACGCUCCGUCGAUAUCAAGCACUCUCCUUUCUGAGGAGCUGGCUAGUGGACCUGACCCGGACUCAUCAUCGUGCACUGCUUUGGGCUGGCUUCUGGGACGGUGACCCCGAGAACCGCACGACGCAAGCCGCACUCUCCAACUUUGCCAAAGCAAUAGAGCACGCGACCGUCCACCCGAACAGCUUCCUGGGCCAAGCCAUCGAGGCGAGCGAAAACCUUGACUCCUGCUACAAGGACCCCCAGACCAGUGCUCUUGCGGGCAACAUGUGGUCCAUCGCAAGCAUGAGCUUCGUUCUCGGGAUGCGCGAAAGGGCACAAGGAACGGUCAUCGCAUUGGUCAACAAGCAGAUCACGGGUCAGCGUAGCUUGUCAGAGUCCGUGCUGUCAACGCAUGAAAUCCCGACAGUGGGGCUCGCAGCCUGGGGCCUCGGGUUCUGGUCUCCAAAAGUGCUGGUCGUGGACCUCAUGGGCACAUGCGACAAGACGAGCCCUGCGCUGCAGAAGCGGCUCCUCGCCCGCCUGCCGUCUUGGGCCAAGUCCAUGACGAACUGGAGCCCGGAAGCCUUCGCGACGAGGUCGCGGCUCCAGUGGCAGUGCAUCGACUGCUCGGGCGCUUGCAGCCUGGACGAAGCCUUGGCAAGGCACGUGGAGAAGCUGGCCAAGGAGGAGCAGGACCGGAAGGACCAAGAGCUCCGCCAGGCGCGGAGUUUCCAGAUGGUCGUGAGUCCGCACCUCGCAGCCCGGGCCACUGUUGGAGUCAGCCAAGAGGAGCUCGGCCUCGCCGACAAGCUCAUAAGGUCGAGUGACAAGUUGUUCGCUUCCGUUUCCGUAUCCGACAACGACAAAGUUGUGAUCAAGCUCAAGCUUUACAAGCAUGCAUUGAACCUGAGAGCGAAGCAGGAGGACCUUGCCUUCCGAACAUUUUUUAAGGCUUGGGAAGGGCAGGAAGACCCCAGCCCGCAUUUUCGGGUGGAGCAACUUCUUCAUCAGAAUGCGGAUCCAAACUCACAAGACCGGCUGGGCCGCACAGCCCUCAUGGAAGCUGCCUUCAGUGGCCACCUGAAGGUGGUGGAGGCAUUGCUGAAGGCUGGAGCCCAGCUCGAGGCCCGCGAGGAGUUAGGCCGCACAGCCCUCACCAUUGCUGCAACGAGCGGCCACCUGAACGUGGUCCGGGCGUUGGUGCUGGACGGAGCAGAGCCGGAGGCCUGCAAUCCAAGUUGCUUCAUGUCUGUUGCGAAGGCAGGCCACCUGGACGUGGCCGAGGUGUUGCUGAAGGUCGGAGUUCCGCUGGAAGGUCGAGAUGAAAGAGGGCACACGGCCCUCGUCUCUGCUGCCACGCAGGGCCUCGUGAACGUGGUCGAUUUUCUGGUGAGGGCCGGAGCCCAGCUCGAGGCCCGCGAUCAGCAUGGCGACACAGCCCUCGUGUUGGCUGCAAACAACGGCGAUUUGGAGGUGCUUGAGGUCUUGAUAAGGGCCGGAGCCCAGCUGGAGGCUUCUUGUAGGCACGGAACAGCUCUCACUGUCGCCGCAGAACAUGGCCGUUUGAGGGUGGUCGAGUCGUUGCUGAAGGCCAGAGCCCUGCCGGAGGCCCCUAGUCAAAAUGGCCUGACAGCGCUCACAGUCGCUGCAGAGCACGGCCACCUGAAGAUUGUCGAGGCGUUGCUGGAGGCCGGAGCCCAGCUGGAGGCCCAGGAUAAGGAAGGCAACACGGCCCUCAUCUGGGCUGCACGCGAGAAGCACCAGGAGGUGGUCCAGGCCUUGCUAGAGGCCAGAGCCCAGACUGAGGCCCGCAGUGCGGAUGGCUUCACAGCCCUCACCUGGGCUGUGGCAGAAGGCCAGCUGCAGGUGGUCGAGGCCUUGCUGCAGGCAGGAGCCCAUGCAGAGCCCCUUCAUAAGAAGUUGGCAGAUCAUCAGCACCUGAAGCUUGCGGACAUCCUGUGA